CAUGUGAUCAACUUCAAACAGGGCAUUCCUCUAGUACGCAUUUUACUUUAAUACAGACUAAAAGUUUUGGUGAAGAAUUUUGUAAAGUGGUCUGGUGAAGUGGAAGCUGUCUUUUUCCUCCACGCUGAGCUUCCUUGGUUUACGAAUUACGAAAGCAAGUAGAGGCGGGAAAGAAGAAAUAUAUAACAAGAAACGUAAUUUUAUAAUGAGUUCGGAAGUUGAAUUCAGUGAUAUAUGUUUGCUAGUUAGAGGAUGUUUGAAUAGUGGAAAGUUAAAACUUCAUAAAACUGGCGUCGUAUUCAAGAACAACAAAACUGGCAAAGUUGAGCAGUUGAAUUCCAGCGAUUUAGCAUCCGUAAAAUGGAUGAAAGUUGCAUUUGGAUACGAAGUAAAAUUUAUCCUCAAUACUGGAGCACAGUUCAAGUUUGAAGGAUUCAAAGAGGCGGAUUUUGAAAAAAUCUCCAGUUUCAUUUCAAGUAAUUUUGGAACAGAACUUGAAGAAAUUGAAUUGUCUGUUAAAGGUUGGAACUGGGGUAGUACCCAGUUCACAGAUUCAGUUCUAAGCUUUGAUGUUGACAACAAACCAGCAUUUGAGAUUCCUUUGAAAGAUGUUUCUGCUGCAACAACAGGCAAGAAUGAAGUAACUCUGGAAUUUCAUCAGCAUGAUGAUGCAGAAAUUGCAUUAAUGGAAAUGAGGUUUUAUGUCCCACCAAACAAUGAUGGCACUGAUGCUGACCCUGUAAAAACAUUCCACGAGAAAGUACUUGCAAAAGCAGAUGUCAUUCAAGCCACGGGGGAUGCAAUUGUUACCUUUGAAGAAGUUGCAAUAUUGACACCAAGAGGUCGAUAUACAACAAAAAUCUAUCCAAGUUUUCUACAACUCCAUGGCAAAACCUAUGACUACAAGAUUCCAUAUACAACAAUCUUAAGAAUAUUCCUUUUACCCCACAGAGAUAAUAGAUUUGUGUUUUUUGUGAUCAGCACAGAUCCACCAAUUAAACAAGGUCAAACAAGAUAUCCUUUUAUCAUAUUCCGCUUUGACAAAGAUGAGGAAGUUGAAGCUAAACUGAACCUAACCGAAGAAGAAUUGACUGAAAAAUAUAAAUCCAAAUUAUCAUCAGAAAUGAAUGGACCCAUUCAUGAAGUGAUGUCCAGACUUAUUAAAGCUGUGACUGGCGCAAAAUCACAAUACCUGGAACUUUAAAAGGUAUAUAUCUGACUAUCCACUGCGCAGUAUAUAUACCAAUGAAUA